CAUGGCUGACUCCUUUCAAACUCCAGCCUGGAGGGAGAUGACAAAUGGAGGGGGGCACCCCCACUUUAAAAACGGAGUUCCGAAUGGGGGUUCCCACAGCACCACACGCUACAUGGUGAAGAAGCAGCGCCACAGACGCAGGUCCUCCUCACCGAUGGGCAGGGUCAUUCUCAUCAAUGCACCUGUUGAUGGAGGCGAUGACAGUGAAGACAUUCACACAGUGACAGUAGAUAAGAGUCCAGAUGGGCGUCUGGGUUUCAGUGUCCGCGGGGGCUCUGAACAUGGACUCAGCAUAUUUGUCAGUAAGGUGCAGGACAACAGCCCUGCAGCGGAGGCUGGGCUGACUGUGGGUGAUAAGCUGGUGGAGGUGAACGGGGUCAGCCUGGAGAGCAUCACCAUGAGCAGUGCUGUGAAGGUCCUGACAGGAAACAACAGGCUGAGGAUGGUGGUGAGACGGGUGGGCAAGAUCCCCGGCAUCCGCUACUCUAAGGAGAAGACCACAUGGGUGGAUCUGAUUCAUCGGCGGAUGGUAGUGGAGGAGAGUGGUCGUACCCCGUCAGAGGCCAGUUCAGACAGCGCUCUCCGCAGGAUCGUACAUCUCUUCACCACGUCAGAUGAUUAUUGCUUGGGCUUCAACAUCAGAGGAGGAAGAGAGUUUGGACUGGGGAUUUAUGUGUCUAAGUUGGACCCAGGUGGACUUGCAGAGCAGCAUGGCAUCAAAAUGGGGGAUCAGAUCCUUGCAGCUAAUGGGGUGAGCUUUGAUGACAUCACUCACAGCAAUGCGGUGGAGGUCCUGAAGAGCCACACCCAUGUCAUGUUGACCAUCAGGGAAGCUGGCAGAUACCCCGCGUACAAGGAGAUGGUGGCAGAAUACGGCUGGAUGGAAAAGUUAGCCAAUGGAGGCCCUCCACCAUCAUCACAGGGUUCAGACUCCAACUCUUCUGCCUCAUCAUUGUCCUCCACCACCCCUCUCAGUUCCCUCAGUGGGCUCUCCCAGGUCCUCUUCCCUCCUGUCUUUGGCUCAGAGAUGGUAGACAUUGGCAUCUGCACUGAGGACCACUCCCGACGUCCGAGCAGUACCGAUCGAACUGCUGACUCCGCCAUACAGACUGAACCCCAACCUCCAAACUACCAGGACCACCUAUUGCCUAACGGGUCACACCCCGAAAGGCUGUCCACCACAGAAACAAGCCGGACUGUAGGUGCCACAUUAGUGUUGAAGGACACGGUCAUACGUGGGAAAGGAGAAGGGCCAAGGGAGAUGGGAGGAGGUGCAGAGGGUGGACAGGGCCGGGUGAAAACGCUGUCAUCGGGGGAGCAGGAAGUUGAGAAACACUCACCAAAGACAGCAGCUCUGAUGGCCCUGAGCAGACCGCGGAAGCCAAUCAGUCGUUCCCAGAGUCACAUCACAGAGUCAGAAGAGAGACAGAAGAAGAAAAGGCAACACAGAGAGAAAAGCUCAGAGGAGGGUAAAACUAGUCUGAAACGCUCCAAAACCUUUGUCAACCUCUUAUUUAAGAAAGACCGUAAAGAGAGGAGUCGCUCCAAGUCGCCGUCUCACCGUGCAAACAAAGUUAAGGAACGGGGGCGCCCAUUCCACCUCUUGACCUCCCCGAGGGAAUCCCGAGCUGGCAGCCCACUGCCCCGACUCGAGGUCCUGCAGCACGUGGAGGACAUGGCAAAGAAACUGCUCAGUCAGGAUGAGGUGGCUGCUGUGAUGAGACACUGUCGGCGAUUUCUGUCCGACUCUGUGAUCGAGGACUUGGUGCGUCCCCUUCUGGCAAUCUUGGACAGGCCAGAGAAACUGCUGCUUCUCAGGGAAAUAAGAAUGCUGAUACCAACGACUGAGUUGGGUCGCUUCGACAGCAUGGUCAUGCCUUUUGAGCUGGAAGCGUAUGAUAUUCUCAAGAGUCGCUCAUCGCGUUCCCCAGCUCUGCGUUCUCCUCGUAGUGGAACUCCUCGUCGUCACCUCAUCACCCCAAUCCCAGACUACAAGGGUGGAUUUUAUCUGCAGCCGGUCCACAACAGACUGCAUGAGCGCCGGUUGAUCGAGGAGUUGGAGAGACUGCGUGUGUCAGGUCAACGGUCUGGCCAUCUCUCUCCAUCGCGUGCCUUCACCCCUCUGCUGGAUGUACCUGUGGACAACUAUGUAUCCUCUGUGCGCUCCCGUUCCCCAAGCCCCUUGCCCACUCACAGCUUCCUCCUCCAAGAAUCACCACACAGCACUAAACAUGGCCACCAACCCCAUCGAUCCCCAAUCAGAAGAGAGAAUGGGGCGUCGUGGUACGAUGAGGUCUCCUUGUUGUCCGUGUCUGACCGAGGGGACGGGGCUUAUGAACGAGGGCGGUCACCUGUGAGGAAUGGCCAUGGGAGAGCGAGGAGAGAGGGCAGUCCUGACAGUAUAUAUGGCAGACAGAGGAGGCAAGAGGGCUACACGGAGGUCAGCGUACACGUUCCCUCACAGCGGAGAGGUAGAACCCCUCUGGCUGAGGUAUUUGAUCCCCAGAGGGAGAAGAGCCCGUCCAAGGCCAGUGGGAGUGCUCAGCAAGUGAAUGGACACUCACAAAAUGGUCAACAAGUGAAAGGAAGUCAAACUCUACCACCCAAGGAGUGUGAAAUCGCCACUUUGACCAUUUCCAAGGCCAAGCAGUCACUGGGUAUUAGUGUCUCUGGAGGUGUAGAGUCUAGAAUCCAGCCCAUGAUAAAGAUUGAGAAAAUCUUCCCAGGCGGAGCUGCAUCUACAAAUCAGGCUUUGAAGGCAGGGUAUGAGCUGUUGUCUGUAGACGGAGAGAGUCUGCAGGGAGUGACUCAUCAGCAUGCUGUGGAUGUAAUUCGGCGUGCAUUCAGCAACAAGGCCAAAGAGCCGAUGGUUUUUGUGGUCAAGGUCCCUAAGGUCUCUACCGACCCCAGCAGCCCCAACAGACUUGCUGACUAAACUCUGUGUGCCUCACAGCCAGGCUGCAGCUCGGGCAUGAAGGACAACAAAACCUGCAGCUCCUCUGGGACUUAAUAAAUACAGGAUUCACCCCAGAAGAAGAAAUAUGGGAUAGGUAGCGCUCCGGUCACAGCGGAGACAGUCAAAGGCAAAGUUAUGACAAAAUAUACCAUAAAGUAUGUCUUGCAUAAAGGUUGCAUGGUUUUGAAGACUGAUACAGCUGCAUAUUUGUCAAGAUAAAGGUCACAUUUGCUAUAAUGUAAUGUGAGAUGAAACCCAAAUGUUGCAAUUGUAUGAAUUUUAUAUGAUUCUUAGUUUUUACAAAAAAUUUUAACAAACGCAUAUGUUGCACGUUUUCUAAAAGACGCUUUUGUGAUAGGAUCGUGUAAUUCAUGAUCUUUGGUUAGAAUAGUGCCACUAUUCAACACGUGGCAACUUUGCCGUGACCUCUGAGCACUGUCUGAUAGUGGAGCCAGUGGUCUGCACUUUUUACUUGAAGCAUCUCAGCCCAGCAGCCCUGCAGGCAUGCCAGAGGGAGAUUACCUCAGCCAGCAUUAUGAGAUAGAUUUAUACCCAGAUUAAAUCCCUGUAUUAUGUCAAAACUGAUAGUUUGGGUUUAGAGGAUGUCUGGGGAGAUUAUUGCAAAUUGCUGCUCAGUAUUUUUUUGUGCUGUAUUUCUCUGGCAGAGGUGCCUGUAUUCUGGAGCCAUCCGCCACUUUAGAGGCUUAAUUACACCAUGCUGUGGAUGGAGCUUAUGAAGACAUGUGGAAGAGUUGGAAAAACAUGUCAAUGAGAAAUGCAGUGCCAGUAGCACAAAUAAAAGUAGGGUUAAAGAAAUAUGGGUGGGAGAAAGCAGUGUGCUUAGUGCCUUAAUUCUAUAGAUGGGCAGUCGGGAAAACGCUGAAAAAAUGUUACUCAAGUUUGAUUUUAAAAAGUGAUAGAAAAGCUGAAUUGUUUAUAUCCCUGCAUGGAAUUAAAUUCUUAAGAUGAAAGUUUGUUUCAUCGUUGUUAGAUGCACUUGUUCACCUGCUCUUUAACGGACCUAUCUAAUCAGCCAAUCAGAUGCCGGCGCAUCCGUGUGUUUAAGCGCAUAAACUUAGUCAAGACAAACUGCUGAAGUUCAAACUGAGUGCGGUAUGCCUGGUGGAGUAUUUCAGAAACUGCAGAUAUAUUGGAAUUUUCUUGAAGAACUAUCUCUAGAGACAGACAAAGAGAAAACAUACAGUGAUCUGCAGUUUUCUGAAAUGAAAUUCUGAAAAUGCCUUGUUCAUGUCAAAGGUUAGAGGAGAAGGGCCAGCCUGCUUUGAGUUGAUAGGAAGGCAACAGUAACUCAUAUAAAAAGCAUUCAAAGAUUGGAAAAACAUUUCCUGAUUUGAUGAAUCUUUAUUUGUGCUGUGACAUUCGGUAGGUAGGGUCAGAAUCAGGUGGAUACAACAUGACAGGACCCAACCUGUCUGGUAUCAAGGGCUCAGGCUGCUGGGGUGGUGUAAUGGUGUGAGGAUAUUUCCUUGGCACACCUUGUCCUUGCUCUUGUCCUAUAGUAGCUGGGAUGGGCUCAGCCCCCCUGUGAUCCUGAUAAGGAUAAGCAGAAGAGAAUGAAUGGAUAAAUGGACUUUGGGUCACUUGCUGCUUAUUGAUGUCACAAAGUUCCAAUAAUGUCAAACAGGUUUCUUGUACAUGAGUUCACUGCACUCAAAUGGGCUCCACAGUCACCAAAUCUCAAUCCAGCUGACCACUUUGGGAUGUGGUGCAAUGGGAGAUUUGUUUAAUGAAUGUGCAGCCGACAAAUCUACUUCAACCUUGUGAUGCAUCGUGUCAGUAUUGAGGAUUUUCUCUAGCACCACGAAGAAUUAAUACCGCUCUAAAGGCCAAAGGAGGUCCAGCCCAGUGCCUGCAAGUGUACCUAAUAAAGUGUCAGAUGAGUGUAUUUUACACUGUAAUGCAAAGUUAGUUCAUUCAACCUAAAAAUAAGCAAAUUUUUUUUCAAAAGCAAUUAAAUCUGCAAUCACUUCAAGAUGUGACAACUUGUUCUUUAAUUAAAAACAGUCAUUUGUACAAGAAAUGUACACAUAAAAAUAUACAUGGACAACUACAUACUCUAUGAAUGAAUGAAGACACAAAGUAAGCAAAUGUUUGAAAAAAAAAAAAGCACAUAAAAGGAUGGGGAAAAAGCGCCACAAAAAGAAAAAGUGUGUUACGUUGCUUUGGUCUAGUCACAGUGGCUACAUUUGAAAUAGAUAUUUUGUCUAAAUAAAAGACAAUGUCACUCUGUUAUACUAUUUAGUGUUUUACAUAUUUACACAGAAAAAUGGUCAUGCAACGAUGAGGGGGAGGAAAUGGGAAUCCGAUAUGCACACAGUACUUUGGAGUGAGGGAGUCUGCUUUCGAACACCUGUGCUUGCUGCUAAUAUGAACCUGUGGUGAGUAAUAACAGUCUAGGCUUGGUUAACAAAGUGAAA